AUGGCCCAAAGUUUGUUUGAAUGGAAUUUUCAUCAUCGUCUAACAAAACGAGAAUUGCAACAAAUUUUUGCUGUAUCUCAUCAUAAAGAUGUACCGGAAUAUGAGUUGAUUGAUGUCAACAGAAAGCAACUCACUGAUGGUACAAUCCAUUUAUUAUUUCAUGCUUGGGAUCAGGAAUUUCUUGUUAAUCUCAAGCCUAACCUCAAACUACUCAGCCCUCAUUUGAAUUUUCAUCAUCGUCUAACAAAACGAGAAUUGCAACAAAUUUUUGCUGUAUCUCAUCAUAAAGAUGUACCGGAAUAUGAGUUGAUUGAUGUCAACAGAAAGCAACUCACUGAUGGUACAAUCCAUUUAUUAUUUCAUGCUUGGGAUCAGGAAUUUCUUGUUAAUCUCAAGCCUAACCUCAAACUACUCAGCCCUCAUUUGAUCUCAGUGGUGCGGGAUGGUAAAAAAAGUUCGAGAAGUCGAGGAUUACCGACACACCUGAAAGCAGAUUGUCACUUCUAUGGGAAAGUGCUGUCACACGAUAACGUUUCAGCAGCAAUAUCCUAUUGUGAUUAUUUGACAGGCACCAUUAUCAUGGAUGAUCACUUUCUCUUGCUACAAACAGUUCCGCAACGACUUCGAAAUAUACAUCAGGUCAAACAACACCACAUCAUAUAUAAACGUGAAGUGAGUCUCUUUUCUAAUUUGGAAUAUACCCCGGACAUACAAUUGUCAAAGCUAAACGAGCAAUCGGUCGAGGACGAAUUUUGUGACGUUAGUAAGUCGGUUGAUGAUGCAACUGGCAUGUUCAAUAAGGUUACUGCUACUGCAGCCAGUACUGCUGCAGGUGCAGGUCCGCUUAUAAGCUUCGUGCUAAAUGCUUCAAUUCAAAUUUGA